AUGUACUUUGAAAAUUAUUUGCUCAACGUUGCAGGUAUAUUUGUAGCGUUUCUACUCGUUCUCGUCACCAUUGCUGUUCUUCAUCACUACCACAAGAAUCGAUACAUUUUAUAUUUUCAAAAACGUCCGCACAAGAAGUGUGUGUUUGUAAGCGAUGAUGAACAAAAGAGAUUACAUCCAGGAGGUAAAUUGCCUCAUCGAAUUGUUUUUCCCUUGCAAGAAUUGUUGGAUGAUCAGAAAAAGAAUAGCAAAUCAUUGGCUGCCACUCGUCAAGCUGCACAUUUUCUUCACAAUACUCAUGCGAACACUAAAUUGGUAACAAAAACAGGUCUCUUAGGAUGGCUUUGGAGAAACAUGCCUUCCAUUCCGUACUUGAGUGUAUGGAUUCAAUGGUGUGAAGACCCCAUCUUGUUCUUGGAAAAGGCCUCUGAGUUAUAUGGUCCUGUUUUCACAAUUUCUUCCUAUUUUAAGGAAUGGACAUUUAUGGUUGGAGAAGGAACCAACAAGUUUUUCUUCGAUGCUAAACAGUUGGAUGAACAAGCUGCUCGAGAUUAUCUGUACAAACCCUUAAUUAUGAAUGGUGCUGCUGUGGCAUCGACUUCUUCAAACGCUUCGUUCAAAAUUGAAACUGUACCUCCCAAGACUUCUCAUGCAACAACCUCUUCUUCUUCCUCAUCAAUGACAACAACUACUCCAACUCGAGAAGAGAUUUGGAAUCAAGAUUGGCUCUACAAAUCAAAAACAUUCAUGAAAGAAGGUUUCACCAAUAAGAAUGCUCUUGUGAAAUAUUUGGAAAACAUUAAGAGAGAAGUGAGAAGUUUGCUCUUCCAUCAACAACACAUUAAUUUGAAAUUUGUCGAUCGUAAUGAGAAAACUGCCAUUGCCGAGAUGGAAUUACCAACACCAAAGAUUUUACACAAGCAUUCGGAUUCGUUCUUUCCUGAUUCCUCCAGUUCGUCCUCGUCCUCGUCGGGAGCAGGCAGUAAUCAAGGAAGUCAACAACCUUUAGAAGUUGUGGUUGUGAAUGAUUUAUUUUCACAAAUGUCCAAAUUUGUGGUGAGAAGUUUGAUGAGAAGUGUGUUGGGUUCUUCCUUUGUCAAGAGACAUGGAGAUGAAGUGACCGACAACAUUGUCUUUCUCGAAACUCAAAUUCAUAAUCCAUUUGUCACUCUGUAUUACAAUCAUUUGAGAUCGAACUUGUUGGAAUAUGUUUGGAUGCCCAGUGUUAUUGAACAAAUCGAAACCAAGAAGAAGAGAGUUCAUUAUUUGAUCAGUAGUGAAAUUGAAAGACGUGUGAAAAUGAUGGAAUUUGAAAAUCUUGAAGAAGUGCCCUAUACUCAGCAACAACAACACGCUUUUUCACAUCAAUCUCUACCAGCUUCUCAACCUUCUCUGCAACGAAACGUUUCAUCGAAAGAAGACACCACCAAUCUUCAUUACUGUUACAUUGAUUUCAUUCUUGAAAGAAAUGGAAGUGAUAAAUAUGGUGGUCUUCAUGCAACCACAUCGAUCUAUGCCAAUCAUAUCAUGUGCUUGUUAGUGGAAUCCAUGAGCAGUGUGGCAGCAUUAGGAUGGACCAUUGCUCAUGUCGCCAGCGAUUCCACACUUCAAGAUCGAUUACGAAUGGAAGUUAACCUAUUUAAGGAAAAACUCGAAAAGGAAUCGAGUCAGUUCAUUCGAUCCAUGUGGAGUGAAGCCACAAGCUCAGUCAGGCCUCUAUUGCCACACUUUUCACCCACUACAAUUUCCAUGGCCACUCCACAACAUUUAGAAGCUUUCACACAACCAGCCACUAAUUUAUCCACUGAAGAAUUUGACACCAUAUCAGGUCAGGACAACAACUCGUUAGAAAAUUCAGAAGGUGUGAGUACCAUCACAGAUACAAGUCUUACCAAUAGUGCUGGAGGAGGUGGAGGUUUACGAGAAGAAGAUGUCGAAGAACUUCGAAAACAAAGCAUGUUAGAAGAUGGAGGAUUAUCUUCAACAGCCGACGACACUCAAUCGCAUCACACUUCGACGGAUACCAAUCCACCCGAUAGUAUUCCUUCCUUGUCCAUUCCAUCGUCACCAGGGCCUCUCUCAAUGAGAGCUACCAGCUCGACGGAAGAAAUGUUUCGAGUACAACAGCAACAACCCACACAACGUUUUACAAGAGCUGUUCCCUUAUUGGGAAAUCCUCCAUUUACGACCUCACCGGUUGAUCAUACUCCUACAGGAGAUGGUGGAGGAGAAGAUCAAUCCUCGUUGAAAGAACCUUCUGUGAAUACCGAUUCUGGUGGUCCUUCGAAUGUGAAUAAUACCAUUGUCACAACUCCUACGGCACCAAAACCAAGUGGAUUGGCAAAAAGAAGACCAUCCUUUACCUUAUUGUCAGGAGGUGCUCUUUCAACAAGCUCACCUACGAAACCGACAGAAACAACAACCUCAAUAUUGCCACCUUCUCCAAUUCAUACCAAUACGUUUGCUUCGAGUAGUGAACGGAAUCCAGUCUUGGGACGAGGAGGUACUUCUUCGAAUGUCAGCACUAGUAAUACUAGUGGAAGUGAACUUUCUAGUCACAUGAGUAGUAAUUAUAAUAUGCGACUUGUGGAAUCGAUUUUACAAUCGAAUGCAUGUGAAGAUCCUUUGAAAUUACUGGAUUCGUGUUUGAAAGAAGCGGCUCGAAUCUAUUCGUUGAAAUUAUUUACGAAACAAACUCUAGAAGGAAUGAAUUUUCAUAAUUUGACCAUUCCAGCCAAUCAUUUGGUGUGUGUUUCACCCUUCUUUGUGCAUCGAGAUGAAGAGGUUUAUCCCUAUGAUGCAAAUACCUAUCGACCAGAUCGUUUCAAUUUGGGAGAGGUUGGAAAUUUACGUCAGUUAGCGGAGGAAGAUCAUGCCUUUAUUGGAUUGAAAGGAUUUGCUGGUUCGAAUUUCACCAUGCUUUCGAGUAAGCUCUUUUUGAUGGAAUUAUUGUCAAAUUAUCAAGUAGAAACACCUCAGUUGUUUGCAUCAGAUUUCAAAGGAUUUGGAUCGGUGGCAAUGCCCACUCAACCAAUAGCUUUGAUUUUAAACCCACUGUCUUGA